AGAAUGGGAAGUAGUUCCUCAAGAGCAACUGCAGCCCCACCAAGAACCGUUCCCACUACUACCCCUGCACCUACCACUGCACCUACCACUGUGCACACCUCUGUGGUUGACCUGAGAGCUUCAGAAGUCAAUUGUUGGAUCAAUAACCAUGAAAUACUCUACCUAUCCCUAGCCUUCACCUCUGGCCUCCUGACAGCUGUUCUGGUUGUUGCCAUCCUCUACCUCCUCAGAAAAAAGUAUAAGAGGUCCCAGCAGCACUUACAAGAGCAAAUUCCCUCCCAGACAGUGACUGAGGAAUCUGCUAAGAACACCCAGAACGAGGUUGCCUACUCCUCUUUGGUCUUCCAUCAGAAGCGGACACCAGUGGCUGUGUGAUGAUGAAGCUGCCAGUGAAAUGCAGCUGUUUGCACUUCCUGAACACCAAAAGCUACCAGAAGUUUCUGUCAAGGUCUAGGGUGCUCUGAGAAAUGCCAGUGCUGCCGUGUGUCCCAUCAGUUCCUUUUCCAAAGGGAACCUCAUGGUUCCUAUUCCAAACUGCUGCCACCAGGGGUGGACAAAACUUCUUUU